GGAUCACUUUCUUCAUUUUAUAUGAUGGGGGAAGAGGAAGAUGGAAUGGCACCCAGACCCCCAACCAUGGAUUCGCAGUCAUUAAUGACAUCCCAAAAUACAUUUGGAGAUCCAAAUGAUGUCCCGGAUCAUAAUUUGUACCCUCCGAAUUUGAGUAAUCCGGAGUACUUCCAGCAACAACUUUCUGCAUUCCCAGAGUCUUCAGAAAAUGUUGGUUGUACAUUUUCUGAUGCUGCUGAUGAAAUGUUAUUUGACAUAAAUGAAGAUUUAGAGGGUACCACUGUUAUCCCGGAUGAUGAGGUACGGGUCGAAACACCAAGAGCCGGCAUGGAAUUUGUUAGUGAGAAUGAGCUGAUGGACUAUUAUAAGAAAUAUGCCAAGCAAGAGGGGUUUGGUGUAAGGACACAGAGGACUAAGAGAGAUGACGAAGGGAGAUCCGUGUAUGUUACUAUUGGUUGUGCCCGUGGCGGAAAAUACCAACCUAAGAACAUUAAUAUGUCGAAGCCACGUGCGACAACCAAAACGGAUUGUAAAGCAAAGAUAAAUGCAACGUUGAACAAGAACGACAAAUGGGUUAUCACUACAGUUGAAAGUGCACACAACCACAUUAUGGUCAGCCCCAAGAAGACAAGACUCUUGCGAUCUCACAGGCGUCUAGAUGAGCACAGUCAGAGGAUCCUCGACCUCAAUGAUCGAGCUGGUAUUAGAAUGAACAAGAACUAUUUAUCUCUUGUCGUUGAGGCGGGUGGUUUUGAAAAUCUAGAGUUUCAAGAGAGAGAUUGUCGGAAUUUCAUUGACAAAUCUAGACACUUAAGAUUGGGUAAAGGAGGUGGUGAUGCCCUGUAUGACUAUUUUCAAAGAAUGAGAAAGCAGAAUGACGGCUUCGUUUCUUCCAUGGAUGUUGAUGAUGAUGGAAGGUUACGGAAUGUUUUUUGGGCUGAUGCCCGGAGUCGAUCGGCCUAUGAGUACUUCGGAGACGUUGUCACCUUCGAUACGACGUACCUAACAAACCGAUACGGUAUGCCUUUCGCUCCAUUUGUUGGCGUUAACCAUCAUGGGCAUUCCAUACUACUAGGGGCGGGGUUGCUAUCGAGCGAGGACACACAGUCAUUUGUUUGGUUGUUCCGCACAUGGUUGGAUUGCAUGAAUGAUCAAGCGCCCAAAGCCAUCAUAACUGACCAAGACCGGGCAAUGAAGAACGCAAUCCAAAUUGUAUUUCCGGAGACCCGCCAUAGAUACUGUCUAUGGCAUAUAAUGCGCAAACUCCCAGAGAAGUUAGGAUCUCAUUCCCAUUUCAGCACGGGAUUGAAGACCUCGAUUCAGUCAGCAUUGUAUGAUUCUUAGACCUGCAGAGAAUUUGAGGAGAUGUGGGGUGAACUUCUUGAUAAGUAUGAUCUUAGAGGUAAUAAUUGGCUCAACUCGUUAUAUGAGAAAAGGAGUUAUUGGGUCCCCGUUUACUUGAAGGAUGUAUUUUGGGCGGGUAUGAGCACGACACAACGAUCAGAAAGCAUGAAUGCUUUCUUCGAUGGGUAUGUCCAUUCUGGUACCACUUUGAAGGAAUUCGUGGACCAAUUUGAUAAUGCUUUAAGAAAGAAGGUGGAGGUAGAGACGACGGCUGAUUUCAACUCUAGUAACCAAAUGAUCCCCUGCGUUUUCCCUUUCAAUUUUGAGAAGCAAUUUCAGAAAGUAUACACAAAUACAAAGUUUAAAGAGUUCCAAAAAGAGUUGAUGGGCCUAAUGUGUUGUAACUGCACACUGGUAACCAAGCAGGGGUGCAUUUCAACCUUCGAUAUAUUGGAUGAAAUAUCUAUUCAUGACUGCAACAAAAUUGUCCACUACACACUCUACUAUAACGAAGAGGAAUGUGAGUUAAAAUGCACGUGUGCAUUGUUUGAGAUGAGGGGAAUUUUGUGUCGACAUGCACUUAAAGUUUUGCAUCUGUCCCGAAUUAAUGUGGUACCAGAUAGAUAUGUGUUGGAUCGCUGGAGGAAGGACCAGAAGAGGACAUACACAUUGAUCAAAAGUAGUUAUGAUGAUGUGCGUGCCAGUGGAGAUUCACGGAGAUAUGAGAUGGUGGUUAAAAGAUGCAUGAAAUUAGCAACAAAAAUUUUCCCGAGUGAUGAGCGAGUCAAUGCAUUCUUGAAGGUUGUGGAUGACUUUGAUUCAAAAUGUGAUGAUGUAACCUUUGGGACGACAUCCGAAUCAACGAAGGUAGGACCGAAUGUGGACACCGCAGACAAGGGUAAGAAGAUAUUAAGCCCCAAUGUGGUCCGAGGGAAAGGAAGACCCCCAAGUAAAAGAAAGGUUCCCCCUGUGGAGAAGAUUACAAGAAAGAGAAAGGCCUGCAGGAAAAUAUUACAUGAUCAAACACAAUUGGGUGACACCGCGGCAUCUGAAUUCGUGGACCAAUCUAAUGAUGGAGUUGGUGUUGGUGUUGGGACACAAACCAGCUCAGUCACACAAUUAAAUAUAUCAGGAAAUCAGGAGGUUUUCGGAAAUUGGUUACAUGUGUAUUUGAAGAUAUUUUUUGUCCUUUAAGUUUUGACUUGUGUAAAGCUCAACUUCUUUUACAGCUCAGUUUCACUUCUUUCAGAUAUGCGGCGAUAAUUGAUUUGCUGCUUUUGUGUCGGUCAUGAUAGUUGCUGCUUUUGUGUCAGUCAUGGUAGUAGUUGAUUUAGAAGAUAUGUCGGUCAUGGUAGUUGCUGUUUUGGUGUCGGUCAUGGUAGUUUUGUAAACAAGGCUACAAAACUGGUUUUGUAAGUCCUUAAUGCCCUGGGCCGUCUAGUAUCUGAGAAUGCAAGGUUUUGAUUUCCUUUUUAUGUAUUAGAGGGUAGGGUGUACUUAUUCUUGAAAGUGCGAAAGGUGGGGAAUAUGCCUAAGCGGGUGGUUUUUGUGUGGAGAUGCAAAAGAGUGCCAAUAUGGGUUUUGUAUUUUUGUACAAUUUAAAGUAAGUUUUGUGUUGAACCGUGAAUACGAAAUACCAAGCAGGUUUUUCUGUAGAGAUGCAAUAUUUUUGUAUUUUUUUUGUGGUUAAGAGGCGGGGUUUUUUGUACCAUGCUCUGACUAGUCCUCCUGAAGGUGGUUAAUUCCGUGGUGCCAGAUACACGGAGGCAUUCAAUGUUUGCCGUGUUGAACCUUCGGUAUGGCCUCCAUUCUUUUUACUCGAAGGGCCUUCAUUUGGUUUUUACCUUACAUUACAACUGCACUUGAUUUUUGUAAACAAUGAAUUUGCUGAUGAAAUUGCUAUUUCUGAGAAUUUGUUAGUAAUGUUGAAAAUGUAACAUUAGCUGAAAAUGGUUACCUAGUUUCUGUGACCUGUGUAUCAUCAAGGUAGGGAGAUUUUUCCUGCACACUGUUAAUAAACACAUGUAACAUUUCUAGAUGGGGAAGGUUAACUACAUGGUUUUGCACUUCACAGGGAGCUUGGGAUGCUACUUAGUGCCCUCUGUCCUUGUGGAGAUUUAUUACAUGCGUAUUCACCUAAACCUUUCCAGCUUGAAGAUUGAUAUCUGUUGCAACUGGUAGUUGACCUUUGAAAGCAGCAGUGAUAGGAAACCGAGAGUCUAUUUUACACUGUACAGCAGGUGGUUAUU